GUCGAUUUUAUUUAACGACGACACCUUUAGACUUUUUCAGGAAUGCGGAAGCGCGUGCUGUUUUAAGGUGAGCUGUCGGUGCAUCGGGAGGGAUGAGUGUAAGCGUGACACAGAUCAGCGUGUCCUCAGAGUCCGGCGGAACCUUCUUCCUGAAGGUGGACUGGGUGGAGGAUCUGGGGGCGGGUUUCACAGUCGCGCUCUGCGAUGGCGAGUCAGCCUGGAUGGGAGAAGUGUCGGAGGAGGAGGUGCAGCAGGAGGCAGAGGAGCUGGAGAUGAGGAAGGAGAGCUACGUGAAGGAGCUGCAGCUGGCCCUGACUGGGGUGGGGCGGCCGGGCGGGGACUACAUCUUCCAGCUCUCCCCCAGGAGCGCCCAGCGGGACCGCACCCGCCGUCUGACCUAUGAGAAGGUGCAGCAGGACAUCUCGUUCAGGCUUGGAUCAGUGGACCUGCUGCCCUGUCCAGAACCUGACCGGGUCAUCAAAGAGCUCAUUAGCUAUGGGCUCCUGCACGGCAGUGAGCUCCAGGCCCAGAACCAGAACCUGCUGGAGGAGAACCAACGUCUGUGCUGCGAGCAGGACCGCAUCACCACCGAGCUGGAGAGGUACGUGCAGGGCAAGGAGAGCUUGGAGAGAGAGCUGUACACUCGCUUCGUUCUGCUGCUGAAUGAAAAGAAGGCCAAGAUCCGGGAACUGCAGGAGAGGCUAAUACAGCUACAGGAGCAACGGGAAGAGAGAGAAAAGAGCAGCGAGGCGACCCCGGCGGCGGGGGCGGGCCCGGAGGGGGCCGAAUUCGGGACGAGCUCAGACGAGGAGACGCAGGACCUGGCCCUGUCCCAGGUCUCGACGGUUCCCGACGUGACCAGCCCAUGCUCCAUGGACGUCGACCUGAGCGACAUCCCCGACGUGGCUCCCAACCGCAAGCGUCGCUGGCGCCAUCUCCGCGAACUGGGGUCGGAGGUCACGAAGGGUUCCUGGGACCCGCGGCAGACUGGAAGGAAGGACGCCGCCCAUGGGAAAGCGGAGGCCAAUCAGGACACGGCUCAGGAGUCUGCAGAUGUAGCCACGCCCGACCCUAAGACUGACAGUCUGUUUGAGGACUUCUAACCCCUCCCCCAGACAUUCCCUGCAGGUGCUUUAAAAAUGUGCGCUUAUUCCUAUUACUGGUGUGUGAAUGUUCAACGUUACACUCAAUGGUCCAUCCAAAGCUAUUAGAAAAACUUGACGUGUUGCGUAAAGAUUAUACGAAAACGAAACGUCUAUUUGUGUAAUUAUUUUGAUUUAAAACAAAAUGACUGGGGUCCUGACCAGGAAGUGUUGGACUCCUGAAGUUUUACCAAAGGUUUAUUUUUUUAUUAGAUUAUUAAGGAAUAUUGGGGAACUGUUUUAAUGUGACAGAAAUAUGUUUUUAUUGAUGACAAGAUGCGUGGUGCAGCCAUUAGGGCAGCUAGCUCUUGAGCCAUAAUGGAGUCCCCCGCAUAUUAGGGGGGGGGGGGGGUGGCGGGGGGGCGGGGUCACAGCACCAUUUAUCCCUCUCUAUCUGUUUCCCUCUUUGCUCUCUCCCUGACUGAAUAAAGUAAAAAUGAAGUAAGAUUAUUCAAUAUUUGCUCAUAUAUUUGUUAUAAUUAGUAAUGUUUGAUUUUGAUACUUUCCAAAAAAAAAAAUUGCUACUCAUUUGAUGAGUAUGCCCUAAAUAAAGUCUGUCGACGUGUUUAUAUUA